AUUUCGGUAGCAUCUCCGAAACGUUUGUGCUUCACGAAACUGUUUAACCGAAGCGUUUUAACGACGUUGAAUGCCUGUCAAGAAGCUAGAGGAACCCAAGAAAGAAAAUUCUUGCUAGGAGAAGGAUAAGACUAAAUCCUAUGCAUACGUAUCUAAGUCUCAUAAUUUCUCCAAUACACUUCAGGUGAGCAGUUGAUAUUUCGAACUGAUGGUUGAACUGUCUUAGUAAAUGAAGCAGAAUGCGGAAAAUGCUUCCUGGUAUUGGUGUGAUCGGUACCACAACAUCAAUACGGUCUUACGUUCCACUGCUGAAAUCAUGCGGAUUUCACGUUGCCGCAUUGUGGGGGCGAACGAAAGAGGAGGCAGACGAGCUUGCAAAAGAAUUAAACAUACCAUUCAGUACAAACAGAGUGGAUGAAGUCUUGCUCAACAGGGACGUGGAUGUUUUAGUAAUUAGCUGCCCUCCUCAUCUCCAAUCUCCUAUAGCUGUAAAAGCCCUGGGAAUAGGCAAGCACGUGCUGUGUGGGGCACCCGCAGGACCAUCUCAGGUAGACGCUUUAAGGAUGGUCAACGCCUCCAGAUAUUAUCCACGAUUAAUGUCAUUUAUUGUUUUCGGAUUGCGCUUCUUGCCAACAAUUUGCAAGAUGAAACAACUAAUGGAAGAUAGUUUUAUUGGAGACAUGACUAUUUGUGAAGUCAACAUUCAUUUUGAAGCAAGCCCAAAAGAGAAGUUUGAUUGGAUGUGCGAUGAAAUGAUGGGAGGUGGAGUUCUUAAUACAAUAGGAAGUAAUAUAAUAGAUGUCAUUUCUUAUCUGACUGGACAAAAAGCUACACAAGUCCAUGGAAUGUUGAAAACAUACACAAAACAAACUGAAAAAAUCAAAGGUAUCAGAGAAAUAACAAGUGAUGAUUUCUGUUCCUUUCAAAUGGAACUUGACAAAGGAUCCUGUGCUACUGUUACUAUCAACAGUCAUAUACCUGGCAUGUUCCUCCAGGAAAUACUCAUGGUUGGGACCAAAGGCCGUCUGAUUGCCAAAGGUGCAGACUUGUAUGGUCAGAAGCACUCUGAAAAGAAAGAGAGACUUAUACACUUUGAUCCAAUCAACUUCAAAGAGGAGGAAAGACAUGGAGUUUCAGAUAAAACUAGAGCCGAGAUUGCAACACCAUAUUUAAAGGGCAUCAUAAGAAUGAUUGAAGCAGUGAAAGAUGCAUUUGAAAAGGAAGAAGAACGACAAAGAUACUGUCAAGAUCCAGUGUUGCAAGCAGCAAAUUUUGAAGACUCGCUGUAUGUUCAGACUGUUGUAGAUGCCAUUAGGAAAUCAAAUAAAACCAAAGAAUGGAUGAAGGUAACUGUGAUGAAAGAAGAGCCUGAUCCUAAUCCGUUUCUGUCCUCAUCUAUUCGCAGCAGCACAUACUCACUGCACUAGGCUUUUUACACAGAAACUGUUAAUAUCCUUAAUGUGUUUCAAGGAAACAGUUAUCAAUCAAUUUUAAGUUAACAUAAUUACUGAAAGAACAAAAUGUUGAUUAGUUAAUAUCACACUAAUCACAGAGAUUAUAUAUACAUGUAAUGAGCAAGGGUCCAGUUAAUUAUUAGCCAUGAAACAACACUGAAAUGACCCAUAAUUAUAACAUCUGAGAAAAUUUAAUAUGUUAAAAUUAUCUUCACAAGAUCUGACCCAAUUUUUCAAUGAAUAACAGAUAAAAAAGUGAAUGCUUAAAAAUCCAUGUUAUUAUUAAUUACCAUGUACAUGAGCUCCUUUCUGAAUAAUUUAUCAAUUGCAAAAUCUUACAUAAAAUCAAAGAGAUUACUUAAGUGUUCACAGAUUUUUUUGUUGUGAUAUUUUAAUAUGUCUAUAUUGAUAAGCCUAGACUUUUCUCUGGAUUAAAAAGAAAACAUCCUUGAUAUAUUUCUCACUGGUUAAGUUUCACUGUUGUAUUUAAGAUGUUACUGUUGAAAAGGAAAUGUGCAGUACAUGGACCUGUUCCACUUUCAUACCAACUAAAAUAGAAUUUGAUGUUAACCCACAUUAUUAUGAAGUUUUACAGUGAUUGUUAAAUUAAAUCAUACUUGUUGGUCCAGAUGGAGAAUAAUUUCAACAAAGUGUUCAAAUAGUUUUUAUUUUAGCAAUUUAACCUUUUUCUUUCUCUUCCAAAUUCAGUCAUUAACAAGAGAAAUUGAUAAGAAAAUCCGUAAGAGGUAUAUUGGUAAUGAUUUAUAGGAUUAGAUUAUACCUUAAAUAUGUAUUUUGUCAUUUUAUACAUAACUUCUUACAUGAAAAUUUUCUGAAAAUAAUUAUAUAUAUAAUGCAGCAAAUUUGAAAUAUAUACUGAUAAAAAUGCAUGCAUUGGAGAUAAAAAUAGCAUUGCUGUCCAUCAUCCAGCAAAACAUUAUAUAUCUGUAUUUGUGAAUAGAAGUUUUAAGACGUUGUGAAAUGAUAUUGAACAUUAAGUUGCUUACAGAAUUGAUGAUUGGUUUGAUAAAAGUCAGUCAAAGUGUAUGGGGAAUAUUUAUAAUGGAUAAUGUAUGUGUGUGGUAGAUAGUCUGUGUGUAUGGUGGAUUGUCUGUGUGUAUGGUUGAGGGUCUGUGUGUAUGGUGGAGAGACUGUUUGUAUGGUGGAGGGUCUGUGUGUAUGGUGGAUUGUCUGUGUAUGGUGGAGAGUGUGUGUGUAUGGUGGAUAGUCUGUGUGUAUGGUGGAUAGUCUGUGUGUAUGGUGGAGAGUGUGUGUGUAUGGUGGAGAGUGUGUGUAUGGUGGAUAGUCUGUGUAUAUGGUGGAUUGUCUGUGUGUAUGGUUGAGGGUAUGUGUGUGUGGUGGAGAGUCUGUGUGUAUGGUGGAUAGUCUGUGUAUAUGGUGGAUUGUCUGUGUAUGGUGGAGAGUGUGUGUAUGGUGGAUAGUCUGUGUAUAUGGUGGAUUGUGUGUAUGGUUGAGGGUCUAUGUGUAUGGUGGAGAGUCUGUGUGUAUGGUGGAUUGUCUGUGUAUGGUGGAUAGUCUCUGUAUAUGGUGGAUAGUCUGUGUAUAUGGUGGAUAGUCUGUGUGUAUGAUGGAGAGUGUGUGUGUAUGGUGGAUAGUCUGUGUGUAUGGUGGAUUGUCUGUGUAUGGUGGAGAGUGUGUGUGUAUGGUGGAUAGUCUGUAUGGUGGAGAGUGUGUGUAUGGUGGAUAGUCUGUGUAUGGUGGAGAGUGUGUGUGUAUGGUGGAUAGUCUGUAUGGUGGAGAGUGUGUGUAUGGUGGAUAGUCUGUGUGUAUGGUGGAGAGUGUGUGUAUGGUGGAUAGUCUGUGUGUAUGGUGGAGAGUGUGUGUGUAUGGUGGAGAGUGUGUGUGUAUGGUGGAUAGUCUGUGUGUAUGAUCGAUGGAGAGCUUGAUUCUGUGUGUUUGGUGGAUAGUCUCUGUGUAUGGUCAUGGAGAGCGUGAGUCUGCAUGUUUGGUGGAUAGUCCGUGUGUAUGGUGGAGAGCUCGAUUCUGUGUAUUUGGUGGAUAGUCUCUGUGUAUGGUAAUUUUUUUGUUUGAUUCUGUAUUUAUACAUUACCUAAUGACUGGUUACAAAUGGACAAAUUGUUAUUGAUCAUGACUUUUCAAUAUUGUAUAUGAAUUCAUGACAAGUUAAUGUUAUUUUUAGAGCUGGUAAGACAGUUGAUUACAAUCUAUGUUUGUUUUGUAUUGUGACUGUAACAGUUCUACUUUGUCUAUGACAUCAUUUCUAGAAUGCUUUUCUCUGUAGUUUGUAAUCAUAUGCUUAAUAUAAAAUAUGUUGAUGCUUCAUGACAUAGUUUGUACCAUAGUGAAUCAGACAGAAAUAUUAUACACUUUGUAUAUGUAAACAUCUACAUGACAAGGUUACUAAAUAUCCACAUUAGAAUAUUUUAAAUACCUACAUUUACCAAGAUUACUAAAUAUCCUCAUUACCAAGGUUAUUAAAUAUCCUCAUUACCAAGGUUACUAAAUAUCUAGUAUCAAGAUUAAUAAAUAUUUACAUUUCCAUGGUUACUAAAUAUCCACAUUACCAUGGUUACUAAAUAUCCACAUUACCAAGGUUACUUAACAUUCAGUUUGAUCAGAAAAACAUGUUACUGAUACUAUAAUUUAUGUAUCAGUUCAAUUAUCUUUUUUUUUCACAUUUACUUUUGAUUUUAUUUGCGUCCAUCUUUUUAGAAUGCCUGAUAUUAAUUUAUUUUUGCAUCAUUAUAUUUCCGUUUGUAAGAUUAAUUACACCAAAAGCAGAAUGAGAUUCUUUAUUUUCCAUGUUUGCAAAUAUUAGAAAAUGAAUGUCCCUUUUUUCAGUGUUUGAAGUAUUUCUCUACAAAUGGAUCUGAAUUGACUAUUCAGGAGUAUGUUGAUAUUUUUCUGUAACUAUUAUAGUGUACUAGAUACGUAUAUGUUGUUAUGUAUAUACCUGUAUGUGUAGGACCCAGCUUAUUAAUUCUAGUUAUAUUAACUAUCAAACUUAAACUACACUUGCACACAUGUACAAUGAAAAUAUAUGUUUAUUUAUAGAAUUGACAUUUUGUUAUAUUGGUCAUUCAAGGGACAUAAUUCCGUCAUGACUGUACUCUUAUUUUAAGAUGUUACUCUUUUUCUUUCAAAUCCUGAUCAAGUUAUUUAAAUUUUUUAACUAAUUACCUUGAUUCCUAAAUUCUGCACAAGGUGUGAAGAUAUAGGUUCCGUACUGAUCGUUGUAUUCUUAUGAACAAUGUAGGUUCUGUAUGGUCGCUGUAUACUUAUAAAAAAAUAUAGGUUCUGCACUAAUUGUUGUAUACUUAUCAGCUCUUGUCUACAUUCCUUAUACGCAACUGUUGUUUCUUCUUUGAGUGUUUGCAACUUGUUAUUUUGUUGGUGUCUGUUUAAAAUAUUGCCUUGUGGUAGCUGUAUGUAUAUAUACAAUAUAUAACUUGUAUUCCUGGCAAAUGUACUUACAUAAUUAUUAGCAUGGGUUCUAAGUCACUGUAUUGUUUCCUAAGGAUUGGCUGCUGUAUAUAGAGAUUGUAUCACACAAUUGUAGUUAUCAACUUUACUACAUGUGUAUAAACUUCUUAUGUGCUUGUCAAAUUUGACGAGAGUAUUAUGGAAUGGCAUCAUCCAACCGUUUGUCUGUCAUAAACUUUUGUUUGGCAGGAUAUCUCCUACAUUUUUUGGCUGAUCUCUUUGAAACUUGGUAUAUAGAUGGGGUUUUUUCCAGAGAGGCCUGAUAAUUUUACAGUUUUUACAGAAAUUGUUGCCCUUUGUUUCAGUAUUUGAUAUGUUGUCCUGAUCUUUUACAUUUUUCUGCUGAUUUCUUUGAAACUUGGUAGGAUUUAUAAUUAUACCAUGAAGUGGUGUUAAAUGAGUUGGAGACUAAAUCCUGAUUACUUGUAUUCCUGAAACUGUUAGAAGAAUAAGCAUUGACUUUGUAGUGACAGAUGAGGGUUAUAGGAUGACAUAUUCCAAAGUACUCGCGUUAUGACACAUACAGUUAUAGAGACUUUACAUUAUCAUUCUUGUUGGCAUGGGUCGAAGCAUGCAGGGGAGAAGUUUGGAAAGACACCAAGGAAGGGUGGAAAGACAUCAAGGAAGGGUGGAAACACAUCAAGGAAGGGUGGAAACACACCAAGGAAGGGUGGAGAGACACCAAGGAAGGGUGGAAAGACACCAAGGAAGGGUGGAAAGACACCAGGGAAGGGUGGAAAGACAUCAAGGAAGGGUGGAAAGACACCAAGGAAGGGUGGAAAGACACCAGGGAAGGGUGGAAAGACAUCAAGGAAGGGUGGAAAGACACCAAGGAAGGGUGGAAACACAUCAAGGAAGGGUGGAAAGACACCAUGGAAGGGUGGAAAGACACCAAGGAAGGGUGGAAAGACACCAGGGAAGGGUGGAAAGACAUCAAGGAAGGGUGGAAACACAUCAAGGAAGGGUGGAAAGACACCAAGGAAGGGUGGAAAGACACCAGGGAAGGGUGGAAACACAUCAAGGAAGGGUGGAAAGACACCAUGGAAGGGUGGAAAGACACCAUGGAAGGGUGGAAAGACAUCAAGGAAGGGUGGAAAGACACCAAGGAAGGGUGGAAAGACACCAAGGAAGGGUGGAAAGACACCAAGGAAGGGUGGAAACACAUCAAGGAAGGGUGGAAAGACACCAAGGAAGGGUGGAAAGACACCAUGGAAGGGUGGAAAGACACCAAGGAAGGGUGGAAAGACAACCGAGUACCUGGGAAAGCCUACUUGGUUGGACAGGACUCUACCCCACCCCCUGUUAACUUUUUGUGUCCUAUCUGAUUCAGGUCUCAAACCUCAGUUGGCAUGGUGAAAGGUGUGUACAAUACCAACUGUACAUGUAUACAGCAGUCAAUCAUUUGGAAAAGUAAAUUUUGAGCAGUAUAUGUGCUUACUUAUAUGGAACCUAAGCUCAAAGAAAUUAAUAACCAAACUUAUUACUUGAUGUGUAGUUAUAGUUUUUGUUGUAAUGACUGGUUGAAGUUACCUGUAUUGUAAUAGUAGUGAAAAUGUGCUAUUUUAAUUUAUGUUAGAGUACAGCUUUGAGGUUUUGGAUAUAGAUUAAAGGAUAAAUGUAUUUAAGCUAUACAAGUGUAGUUUGAUAAAAGAGAACUUUUGAAGGUUAGUUUGAAAUAUAUACAUGUACCUGGAAUAUCCAUGAAAAAUUUGUCAGUGAAUUAAUUCCUAUAAACAUAGAUUCAGAAUGAUAAUUGUCAUACAGUGGCAUGUUUAUAAUAACAUAUGAAGGAAGAAUCAAAUUCCAUUAUCACAGUUGACCAUUUUGUCAAAAUACUACCAUCUUCAUUUUACAGAUGUUGAAAGUGCAAUAAUAUAAUUGUGUUCAGAAGUGACAUUAGAAUAAUGGACAAUUUGUAUCAUCGUUAAAUGCAUUGUAUUACAGUAUACAGAUUUCCUUUCCUGGAUUUACUUUAAAUUUUGCAUAAAACAUGUAUGCUAAUGUGAAAUAAUUCCAUUAUGGGACAAAGUGCAUGUGUAUGCUUCCAAUUUUAUAACUGAACUUUUUUAUCUGCUUCUAAUGUUGUUUUUAUGUGGUUUUGGGAAUUUUCUAUACUUAUAUGGAUAAGGGAGUAUAACAUUGAAUUUUCAUAGAUGUAAUAAUUUAAAACUACAAUGUAUAUAAUCCACUUACCAAAUAAGAAUAACAUUGAUUCUCAUAUAUUAAUUUUAAUAGCUUCGUUGUCUUCUACAUCAAGAUCAUGUUGACAUUUUUGGCAAAUAUGAAUUAUUCAAAAAAUAGAAUUUUGAAUUUUAUGACUUCUUUGCUGUUUACUUGUAAAACAUUUAUAAUUACCCAGGUAUUUAAAAUUGUAAUGGCAUUGUCUAAAGAUUAUAACAAUAGGACAAAUAGGUUUCCUGGUAAACUUGUCUUUUGUAAGUGUUUUUUGAAACAUAUAGAAAUAACCUCCUUUCUGCCUAAAUUCAUAUUUUCCUUGUUUUCGAAAAAAUUCUGCAAUAUUUUCCCAGUCAAAAAGUCAAAAAGUCACAAAUAGCUGUAAAGUGGUGAUCAAAACAACACUGUCGGCCAGCACUAUAUCACAUUUCAUCUACCGGUAUUGGUGCCAUAUUGUAACUGAAGAUCAGGAUGAUUAUAAAAAAAGAUUUUUUUUUUAUUUAUUUGGGGUUAGAGGGAGUAAGACAACAUAAAAUGUUAAUGAUACAUGUAAUAUGUACUAGUACAUGUAUUUAAAAGUAAAGCCAUAGGAUAUACAAUGUUUUCUCACAAAAAUAUAGUCUGUUUUGAUUGAAAUAACUGUAAAAUUGGUAAUGAAAAAAUGUAUGAAACUUUCUUUUACCUUGAAUAUUGAUAGUUGAUUUUUGUAUGUUGAAAAUCGGUAUGUAGUUAUUAUCAGUAGCUUAAUAAUGAGUUGAUAGAGAACAGUCAUCAAUAUCUCCUUAAUUAUGUUUUCUGACCAAAAAAAAACAUGUAUUUUUCAUGUCAAUAUUCAAAUCCCUUGACUCCGAGUAAUUAUUCUUACCCACUUUGUCUAUGUAAUAAGUCAAUAUAUUAUUCAAUACACCCCAAACAAAAUGUGAUGAUGAAACCAACAAGAUUGCUUGGACCAAGGUCAAAGGUCGACCAAUGCCAAAGUUCAUACAGGACCAAGACAAACCCUUCUCUACAACUAUUCCAUGUUUUGCCAUUAGUAAUUGUGCCAUUAGUUACUGAACCACGUUGUUGUCAGUAUUAUUUCUAUUGUUGAACUUACCUAUAUAGAAACUGAUGUUGAAUAUUAAAAAUACUAAAACAA